AUGGCAAAAUCGAUUAGAAGUAAAUGGAAGCGAAAAUGUCGAGCGAUAAAAAGAGAACGAUAUGCUGUAAAAGAACUAGCCCGACUUAAGAAAAUGCUAGGAAUUAAGGAAGAAGAAAAAGUCACAGAAAACGAGGUUAUGGAAUCUGAUCAAGUAAUAUUUCUCGAUGCAGGCAAAAUAGGAAAAAAGAAAAAAGGAAAAAAAGAAGAAAAGCCUCCAGAAGAAGAAGAAGACGUUGAAAUGAGCUCUGAUGAUGAAAAAGUUGAGGUUGCAACUGAAGAUGGUAAAAAAAGAAUUUUUAGCUCAAAAACAUUAAAAGAUCAAAAUGGACAAUAUCCCGUGUGGUUACACAAAAGAAAAAUUGCUAAAAUGACGACUACCAAAAAAAAUAUGAAAAGAAAAUCGAAGAAACGACGACGA